GCUGCUCAACGGGCUUCUGUGACGCGUCGUCGCGCCCUGCUGAUUGGGCUCCGGGAAAUUCGUCUGCAAGAUUGCAGCGUCGACGAGGCGAGAAUGCAGCCGAUCAAGGUCUCUGCUGCGCCACGCAAUUUUUCUCGCACGUAGUUCCGCACCCCCCUCAGGACACUCAGAAGGCAAUCUCCCCCAUACCUCCCCAUACCUCCUCGGAGCCCAUGGUCAACUUUCCUCCAUACUCCGUCUGAGUCGCUCGGACCCUCCAGGUGCAUAAUCCCCGUCGGGCCUUGGCCGAAGAAUGACACCCCUCGGCAAGUCUCUAGUCUGGUUGAAGAAUGAAGCGCCGCCACCACCUGCCCCCGUUACCGUCAGCCGUCUCUGCUCUUCUCUACUAGUGAGUCCUGGAGCCCAACUUUUCUUCUUGGCGCUGCUGAUACGGCAAGCGGAGCCUCGAGCUGAGAUGAAGGGUGAUGUCUUUCCAUGUUCGCCCCGGCAUGGCGGGAAUUCACCUGUCGUCACUUUUGAUCGACUAUCACGCGGGCCGACGUCCUCUAUCAAGACUCCGAAUUCCAAAAACAUCGGCCGAGGCAGAGAUUCGGCUUCCUCUGUCGGUAAUGAGCCGACGCAGGGUACAAUUUUCUAGCAUUGCCCGCUGUACAAGGUCAGGGAUUUCCGAAAGUAUGAGCUCCGCAGGG